AUGCACUACACACAACGACAUUUCAUCAGCGAGUUACCAUUGGAAUUACAGCUACAAGUAGCAUCUUAUCUUGACUUUGCUGAUCUGUGGUACCUGAGCACCUGCUCACGCACAUGCCGGUCACUCGCACACCAAGUUAUCUUGCACAAGUACCACAUCAACAUCAAAGGGAUGCAUACAUUCGAUCGUUCUAUUCAUGCUGCUAUGGCCCACGUGGAACGCCACGACACAGCCACGCGAGACGUGGCUCAUCAACUUGCUGUCAAGAUCCAUGAUUGGGUUCCCCUUAUCCAAUGCAGGUCAUCCUUGGAUAUCUUAAUAUACAAAACUCUCGGCAUCAUACUCGACCAUGUGCUCUAUGACAAUACAAACAUCGACGAUACCAGCAACGCCGUGGGACAACUCGUGGUCAAUUGUCUCUCCGCCUUGCAUUCGAAUUUAAUGACGCUCUUUGACAACACAACAGCAGACGUUUUCCAUCGCUUACUACUUGCACACAUUAUCCGCCAUCUUGACAACUUUAUCAAAUCACCCAUCAGCACAUGUACUCAACGACGACGCUCAUUUCGUGUUUUUAUUCGCUUUAUCGGCAUGUUGGCACAGACCAAACUCUUGACUAUUGCUGAUUUACAUUCAUUGGCUCAACAACGUAUCGCUUAUCUCCAAAAGCCUCCAACCUUGAUUUUAUGUGACAACAAGACCAACGUAUCAGCUCGUGAACAAUGGAUUGAAGAAGCCGAACUUAGAACCAUUGUACUAUUUGAUCUUUUACGAGCCGUCAUCUCACGGCAACAGUUGCAUUGGGAUUCUGGUAAAGAUAUGCGCAAUUUCGCUACCCUCGUCAAUCAAACGGUGUCCACCUUGGUCUCCUUCAAGACAUCCGUGAACGCCCUUGCUGCUACCACCACAAGCAGUAACAACACAACCGCGUAUUGA